AUGUCACAAAAGCGCAAGCAUACAGAAACCUCUGAAGCCUCUUCCUCCGCUGGAAAGCCCUUCAAAAAGCACCGCGCCUUCAAGCCUGGCCAAAGCAAUCAGAAGUUCAAAAAGCGACCUCACGUCUCCAGCGAGAUAGACAAGCGCACCAGUACCAAUGCCCUCAAGAGCCGAAUACGAGAUCUGAAGCGAUUGCUCGCCCAUGUUGACAAUGUUGGGGACCACAAGAUGUCGGCGAGCAACCGAGUAGAGAGGGAAAGGGAGCUAGAGGCAAUCCAGCAUGAGCUGAAGGAGAAGAUUGAAAGUAGUCGGGAAGCAGCGUAUAGGAACAAAAUGAUUGGAAAAUAUCAUCACGUGCGCUUCUUUGAUCGCCAAAAAGGCACCCGCAUACUAAAGAAGCUGAAGAAGGAGCUACAGACAGAGGAGAACGAGUCGAAGAAGCAGGAUCUAGCACGGAGAAUCCAUAAUGCAGAGGUCGACGUCAACUACGCGAUAUACUACCCUUUACUGAAAAAUUACGCCUCUCUUUACCCGAAAUCGAAAAAGGAGAAGUCAUCUGAAGAGCCCGAGGACGAGGAUAUAGAGGACAAGUCGAACCGCGAGGUUGGUGGACCAAAGGGUGAUGUGGAGAUGUGGAGGACUGUUGAAGAGGCAAUGGCGAACGGUACAUUGGAUGCACUGAGGAACAGCAAGGAGGCUAUGCCGACCGCACCGGCACCUGUACCUAAGAAGCAGGAGAAGAAGAAAGAGCACGCUGUCAAGAGCAAGAACACAAAGGCAGAGGAGAAGUUGGCACAGGCAAAGAACCGACGUGAGAGGAGGGCUCUUGGCGCUCAGGCUCAAGAGGAGGCAGAGGAGAGCGACGGCGGGUUCUUCGAAUAA